GGGCUCCGGCCCAUGGCUUCUCAGCACGGCGUGUCGCGCGUCGUGGGUGGCACAGAUGCCCAGCCAGGGGCCUGGCCCUGGAUCGUCAGCAUCCAGGAUCCCUGGAAAACAGGCACGGGGCAUACAUGCGGAGGGUCCCUCAUCAGCCCACAGUGGGUCCUCACAGCAGCCCACUGCUUCAUUGAGGCCAGGCACAUCACCAUGUGGCGCGUGGUGGUCGGGGCCACCCGGUUGACUCAGCUGGGCCCUGAGGCCCAAGUGCGCCAUAUCAAGCGGCUACUGGUUCACGAGCACUACAGUAACAUCACGCAGAGGAACGACAUCGCCCUGCUGGAACUGGACCAGCCUGUGCAGUGCAGCUACUCCAUCCAGCUUGCCUGUGUGCCCGACGCCUCGCUGAGAGUGUCAGAGCUGACAACCUGCUACGCCAGCGGCUGGGGUUCCACGACUGCAAGAUGUGAGUUCCCAAAAAGAUCAACUGAUGUCCUGCAGGAGGCCAAGGUCCGCCUCAUUGAUGUCAACCUCUGUAACAGCAGCGGGUGGUACAGAGGGGCCAUCCACACCCACAACCUGUGUGCUGGCUACGCGCAGGGUGGCAUCGACACCUGCCAGGGCGACAGCGGUGGUCCUCUCGUCUGCAAAGAUAACAAUGCAGACUACUUCUGGCUCGUUGGAGUCACCAGCUGGGGGAAAGGCUGCGCGAGAGCAAGACGGCCCGGAGUCUACACCUCCACGCAGCACUUUUACGACUGGAUCCUGGCACAGAUGGGACUGCGCCCAGCAGUAUCGGCUACUCCAACGCCACAGCCAGGCUUCACCUCAAGCCCCUUUCAGAGGCCGAGACCCAUACCAACUCAGUUGGGCACGUUUACACCCUGCCCAUUUCCAGUCCAGAGGCUGGUGCAAUUCUUUACUCGGGUGCAGGAGCUCCUGCAGUUCCUAAGGGGGACAAAGGCCUGAGCAGCAGGAUGGACAGG